AUGCGUCACGGCCCUGCUGAUGGCGCCACGGGGGCUGCCCGCGUCAGAGCCGGGAAUGUUGGGAAUGUUGAUGUGCUGAGCGGCUCAGGACGACAGAGCUCGGCUGUCACAGACACCCACUCCCCCGCGGUGCAGGCGGUUCUCGCACAUGCAGAGCCCUCGGGUCUGCCAGAUGCGACAGCUCAGGUGUCUGCAGCCGAGGAAACGGAGAUCCAGGGAGAUAAACGCGGACCCAGAGCCUCGGGGCUGCUGGACGAUGAGCUCAGUGCGGCUUGCUUCCACACGGCCAAGACCUCCUUCGUGCUGCCCCUGGAGGAGGCCCAGCGGGGGCUGCGGCUGCUCAAGGAGGCCGGCAUGGAGAAGGUGAACUUCUCAGGCGGGGAGCCCUUCCUGCAGGACCGCGGGGAGUACCUGGGCCGCCUGGUGAGGUUCUGCAAGCAGGAGCUGCGCCUGCCCAGCGUGAGCAUCGUCAGCAACGGCAGCCUCAUCCGCGAGCGCUGGUUCGUGAAGUACGGCCAGUACCUGGACAUCCUCGCCAUCUCCUGCGACAGCUUCAACGAAGACGUGAACGUGCUCAUUGGCCGCGGCCAGGGGCGGCUCAACCACGUGGAGAACCUCAGGAAGCUGAGGCGCUGGUGCCGGGAGUACCGCGUGGCCUUCAAGAUCAACUCCGUCAUCAACCGCUUCAACGUGGACGAGGACAUGCGCGCGCACAUCCAGGAGCUGAACCCCGUGCGCUGGAAGGUGUUCCAGUGCCUGCUCAUCGACGGGGAGAAUGCGGGGGAUGGCGCCCUGCGGGAGGCCGAGCGCUUCGUCAUCAGCAAGGAGGAGUUCCAGGGCUUUCUGGACCGGCACCGCGGGGUGCCCUGCCUGGUGCCCGAGUGCAACGACAAGGUGGGUGUCCAUACCGUCUUACGGGCACAUGACGCGGAAACCCCCAUGUCUGCCCUGCCCUUCCAGAUGCGCUUCCUGAACUGCAGAGAGGGCCGCAAGGACCCGUCCCGGUCCAUCCUGGACGUGGGCGUGGAGGAGGCCAUCAGGUUCAGCGGCUUCGACGAGGAGACGUUCCGCAAGCGCGGAGGCAAGUACGUCUGGAGCAAGGCCGACCUGAAGCUGGACUGGUAGGGCUGCCGGACGCCUGCCCGCGUCGCGGGGCCCCUGCCGCACCCGGGGGGCCGCGGACUCCCUGCUGCACAUGGUGGCUGACCAUGUGGUCCCGGCCCGCGUUACCAUGGUAACUGAACUCCACGGAUGCGGACCAUUCGCUGCGGCCACUUUGCUUGUUUGGUUUGGUUGGGGUGUUUUGAGCACCGUUUCCUGUGAUCCCUGCGUGUCCAUCUCCAAGUCAUGUUUCCUGGUUUGUUCAUUUGAUGGUCACGUCUUUUCUGCUAAAUCCCCAGCGGCCAGUGUUCACAUCUGGAAAGAAUUGGAACACCUCCCUGCAGCCACGCGGCUUGUGGCAACGCCGUCUCCCUUCCUGCCCUCGCACCACGGCCGCCCUGGACUCCCUCCCCAGGCGUGCAGAACGCGGCACAGGGGUGUCCGGCUCAGGAAUGGCCACCUUAUUAGGCUCCAGUGCCGGCCCGGGGAGGUAGCCGUGUCCCCUGAUGAUGCUGGGACCAGCCCAGGGUCCAGGCUGACUGCUCCAUAAACGAGGGCUCUCUCUC